UAGGGUAUAUGGACAGUUUUGUUUAUGAAAAGUAGAGUUUUUAAGUACGAGCUACAUUUUAUUCUUAUAAACAAAAUAUUCAUCGAUAGAAAUUGGAUAGUUAGAAAAGAGAGAAAAAGAUAAGUAUUUAAGGAAAUUUAAAUGAGUGCGUUCUUGCUAUACGUUUUGAAUGGAUAUCUUUGGAGGAAAGAACGUGUGAGCGAGAGGGAAAACAACCCCUCGAGUCUCACCCCUGCAGAUCUUGCCAGGACGUAAUAUCAUGGCUGCUUAUGUACUACGAAAUUAUGACUUGAUGUUUAAAGUUUUAAUCUUAGGUAUUUUCAAUUGUGGAAAACAGUACUGUUUAUGAUAUGCUUGGUGGAAUGUGCUAGGCGCUCCAAAAUUACAUUGAAGCUGUAUUGUAUGAAAUUAACGGAACUUAAUGCUUUUAGCCAUCUUCUACUUCCAGUUUUGUAUAUUGCUUUUACAUAUUUAGUCAUAUACCAGUUUAUUUUAAAUUUUAUAAAUUUUAUUUAGUUCACUUAAUUAAAAUCAGUGAAUGAGAUGACAGAAAUCCGGCUUUGCAGCUAUAAAUUGUUACCAAUGCAGUUUGAUGCUAUAUGUUGUUCAUAGAUAUUUAAAUUAUGAUAACUGUUAAAGAAUAUAGGUGAUGAUACCACUUAUUAAAAUAAUAUUACCAUGACGAGUGAAGAUCUUUUACAGCCUGGUCAUGUAGUAAAGGAACGAUGGAAAGUUAUUAAAAAAAUUGGUGGUGGUGGAUUUGGAGAAAUCUAUGAAGGAUUAGAUCUUGUUACAAAAGAACAAGUAGCCUUAAAAGUAGAAUCUGCUCGACAACCAAAACAAGUUUUGAAAAUGGAAGUGGCUGUACUUAAAAAAUUGCAAGGAAAAGAACAUGUCUGCAGGUUCAUUGGCUGUGGAAGAAAUGAUAGGUUCAACUAUGUCGUCAUGCAACUUCAAGGAAAAAACUUAGCGGAAUUGCGUCGUGCUCAACCUAGAGGAGCCUUUUCAUUGUCAACUACACUGCGUUUAGGUCUUCAAAUUGUAAAAGCAAUAGAAAGUAUUCACCAAGUGGGCUUCCUUCAUAGAGACAUUAAGCCUUCUAAUUUUUCUAUCGGUCGCCAUCCUCAUUAUACCAGAUUAGUUUAUAUGUUAGAUUUUGGCCUAGCUCGACAAUUUACGACUGGAGCCGGCGAGGUUAGACCCGCACGUGCAGCUGCUGGCUUUCGGGGAACUGUCAGAUACGCAUCUAUUAAUGCUCACAGAAAUAAAGAAAUGGGAAGGCAUGAUGAUUUGUGGUCUCUUUUUUAUAUGCUCGUAGAGUUUGUGAAUGGACAACUUCCUUGGAGGAAAAUUAAAGAUAAAGAACAAGUAGGAUUAAUGAAGGAAAACUACGAUCACAAAUUGCUUCUUAAACAUCUUCCAUCAGAUCUGCGAGUUUUCUUAGAGCAUAUACAGAGUCUAGAAUAUGCAGAUCAACCAGAUUACAGCAUGUUGGUUGGUUUAUUUGAAAGAUGUAUUCAACGCAGAGGUAUACAAGCAAGUGAUCCUUAUGAUUGGGAAAAACCAGCUACUGCUAAUGAAACCUUACCAACUACAAAGUCAUUACCAACAGUAACAAUUCCACCAGUUUUGACAACAGCUACUACAAUCAAUCAAUCUCUGACUGCCCAAAAUAUUGACACAAACAAUCAGGAAAACGUUGAACCAGAUAAUAGAAAAGAGUUAGAAGCUCAACUUGAUCAUGAAAAUUUAAGCAAGAGUAGAAUACGAAAAACUGAGGGGCCUUCUACUCCAUUCACUUUAUCAAUCGGCAAUCAAGGACGAGAUAAUAAUUGUAAUGCUACAAUACUAACUGCAGAUCACUCACGUCAUCCAAUUGAGCCAACUGCCGUGACGCCUAUAUCUCAAGGUCAUUUGUCUAUUUAUUAUCAUUUUAUAACUAUUCUGUGUAUACCAAUUUAA